AUGUUGUUUUCGACUCCAACCCAAGAGAAAAGGCUUGCACCGCUUAUAGACGCCAUUCAAAAGAAAAACAAAAAAGUUACGUUUUUCUUGGGUGCUGGCAUAUCCACCUCCUGCGGUAUACCAGACUUUAGAAGCCCAGAGACUGGCCUCUACUCCAAUCUCGAGAAACUCAAUCUCCCAUACCCAGAGGCCGUGUUUGACAUUGAUUACUUCAGAUCGAACCCCAAAGCUUUUUAUACAUUGUGUGAUGAGCUUUACCCUGGCAAGUUUGUACCAUCGAAGUUUCACUUUCUUGUCAGGCUUUUUCAGGAUAACGACAAGUUGAAGAGGGUAUACACUCAGAAUAUUGAUACAUUAGAGCGGAUUGCGGGUGUUGACGAAAAGUAUAUCGUGGAGGCUCACGGCUCAUUUGCUUCCAAUCACUGCAUCGACUGUCAUGAGGAGGUGCCAAGCGACAUAUUAAAGAAGCAAAUGGCAGAUAAACAUACCAAUGAAGGAAUCCCCAAAUGCAGUAAGUGUAAGGGCUACAUAAAGCCUGAUAUUACAUUCUUUGGCGAAGGGUUGCCAGAAAAAUUUUUCUACCUGUGGCACGAGGACUCUGAUGAUGUGGAAGUAGCCAUCGUUGCUGGUACUUCUUUGACAGUCAUGCCAUUUUCAACUUUGCCGGCCGAAUGCGGUAAAAAAUGCUUACGUGUGUUGAUAAAUAAGGAAGUUGUUGGUGACUUUAAAUAUGCCAAGCGCAAAUCAGACAUAAUCGUUCAGCUGGACUGUGACGAAGCAGCAGGAGUAAUUGCGGAUAUGCUCGGGUGGAGAGAUAUGCUUGACGAUCUUUACGAAAAAGCCAAAGCUGAACUCAAAGAGCAAAAGACAGAGACAGCAGAAGAUAAAGCCGAAGAGGUUGCCGCUGGCAUCAAGGAAGCCGAGAAGCCAUCAAAGGCAACAACAAAGGAUGAAAAUGAGGAGCCUACUAAAGAGGAACGUACCCAUCCACAAUCUAAAGAAGAAGACUUCAACGAAGAAACAAUAUCGAAAAAACUCGGCAAAUUGUCGCUUUGA